AGGUGAUAUGAUUGUCAGUGUCAUAGUUCACAUCAGUGCUUGCAGCUCCACUAUGGCCAAUCACAGCUGAUCAGGGGCGGACUGACAACUCAUGGGGCCCCUGGGCAAUAGGGGAUCAUGGGGCCCCUGUAUCCUUGCCCAAACUCAAAAAAGCCUAUGAAAAAGGUACCAGGGGCAUCAUCAUGGGGCUCCCUACUGACCUCGGGCCCUUGGGCAGUACCCGAGUUUCCAAAUGGUCAAUCCGCCCCU